GAUCUGGACACUCCCAGGCAGAGAGUCGGUGGAAGUGCAGCAGCCACUUCUCUCCGAAGCGCUAACUCACUCACAUCAGCAUCCUCACCGCAGGUUCCGUUUCGGAGUCUCUUAAGCGCGCAAAGAUGUUCUACUUCCACUGUCCACCUCAGCUGGACGGAGAGUGCUGUCGCUCCAACACGCUGAAUUCAGGCGGAUUUGGCAACCACGCCCCAACUGAUUUUGACGAUGGAUUUCUACGUAGGAAACAGCGCAGAAACAGAACAACAUUUACUUUGCAACAGUUGGAGGCUUUGGAGGCUGUUUUCGCCCAGACCCACUACCCGGACGUGUUCACGCGGGAGGAGCUGGCAAUGAAGAUCAACCUGACCGAGGCCAGGGUGCAGGUUUGGUUUCAGAACCGCAGAGCAAAGUGGAGGAAGACAGAGCGAGGGAGCUCGGACCCUGAAGGAGGGAAAGAGCAGAUGAGUGAGGGAACUCCUCCAUCUCGCAGCAUCAACUCUCAGUCCCCAGUGGACCAGGGCAGAAAACAGAAAGAACCACUGGAGAUGCAGCCAAGUAUCAACAGGACAGUGGGUCCUGGUGGUCCCUUCUUUCCAUCCUGCUUACCAGGCACCCUCCUUAACUCUGCCACCUAUGCCCAGGCUCUCUCGCAGGUCGCCACUCUGAAAGGUAAUGGCUUGUGCUCGUGCUGCGUUUCGGACCCCAUGGGCUUGUCCUUCCUGCCACCCUAUGGUUGUCAGGGUAACCGCACAGCCAGUGUGGCCGCCCUGCGCAUGAAGGCCCGUGAGCACUCUGAGGCAGUGCUGCAGUCUGCUAACCUGCUUGGUGCAGCAACCGGACCAGGUGCCAGCGUGGGAGUCCUGUCAGGAGUCGGCGUGAGCGCAGCUGGGGUGGUAAGACCCUCGGUGGGUCCUCCCAUUGAGGUGUCAGGCGCUGUCGGAAGAGGGGGAGAUAGCUCCAGUCCCACCUUGGCCUCCAAGGUCCCAGUCCUGGGCAGCAGUCCUGACAAGCACCCUCACUGCCCUAAGGAACCACUGGAGAAAAAGUGAAGGCGCUGGACACAAACGUGGAUGUACCGAUACUCUAAAUCUGUGUGACUGUGCCUGCUGUAACUACUCGACCCUGGCUGUAUGAGAAACUAAGCACAAAUGACUGACUCCAGAAACAGCCUGGGACGGACUUUUCUCAUAUCACACUGUGUGGAUGAAAACAUUUAACUAUUUAUUUGACAGUAAGUUAUGAUUGUGAGAAAUGCUCAGUAACUGGGGCCUCGUUCCCUCAUAAAAGCACAACUGUGGUUUUUGGAUCUAUUAUCUGUCUUCAUGCGCUCUUGGACUCUUUCGAUGGACUUACAUAGAUACAAUAUGUGUGCGACAAAGACAUAUUUGAUAAUGUGAAUUUAAAUAAUCCUGAUGUUGUUCCUCUCAUUUUCAUUAGGAGGUCUGGUGGUUACCUUGUAAACAUUAAUGCAUGUAAACUGUAAGUGUGCAAAUGGCUGGCAGGACAGUGAAGAGUUUUGCAGGAUUUUGGGCAAUAUAUUGUUUAUGGCAUCAGGUCAAGCAAUCGCCUCUCAUUCUUUUGAGUUUAAAAGUGAAAGUGCACUUUAAUAUUAAUCAGGCAUUUUAAGUGUAAAUGUGUACAUGUGCUAGACUAUGUGUGA